AUGAAUGAGCUGAAUGUAGUCUUUACAGAGAAGAAAAUGUCCCACCCAACUCAGAAGCAGAAGAGGGGACAUAAGUAUAUGACGAGAGAAGGUUCCUUGUCUGCUCCCUGGAAGCUCCUGGCUGGGAUUCUGGGGGUACUGAGUCUGGUGCUCAUGGCAAUCAUGUUAGCACUGGGGAUCCUCGUGGUAAAACGCGAUAUCUCAGAAUCUUCAUUCCAACUACCCGAGAACUCUUCUUCGCUUCUCAACACCACAUCCCAGAGUGAAUGUUACUUUGGCUCUUGCCCAGAGAAGUGGAUCUGGAGUAGAGGAAACUGUUAUUACAUUUCUAAUCAUAGUAUGAACUGGCAAGGCAGUAGAGCUGACUGCAUGAAAAGGAAUUCCAGUCUCCUGAAGAUAGAAAGCAGGGAAGAGUUGAAUGAUUUUCUGAAACUUCUGAGAGGCUCCUAUUGGACUGGACUUUCUUAUAAUGUAACAGAGAACUCUUGGAUGUGGGAUGAUGGCGUCACUCUCUCCCAGGAACUGUUACCGGUGGUAAAAAAUUUCCCUAGUGGAAUGUGCGUCUAUUAUGGAUUGGAGGAUUCAUUUGUUCACGAUGACUGUAAUUAUUCAACAUUUUAUAUUUGUAAACAAACAGCUAUGUAGUCUUUUUUUCAAUGCAAGUGCUCAACUUCUAAAAAUUAUGUUCUUAUACAUCCUCACUUAAUAGCUAACUUAUAAUGUUAAGAUUUUUCAAGUGUCUGGUGCAAUAGACCUUAUUCUACAGAAUUACAGUGUGAUGCAGAUCAGUGGACUAUUGUGGUAUUUGGAUAGGGGAAUAUCAGAUUUCCCCCAAUUUUGAAGAUAUACAUCAGCCAAUGAAACUUUCCUG